UUAUAUAUUUAAAUAGACUUGUAUGUGUAACAUGACAUAAUAAUUCGUCGCUUAAUAGCCAUUAAUUAGUUAGAAUAGUAUCAUUGCCAUCUUGAAUAACAUAUUUGCUUUAUACUGACUACGCGUAAAUUGUUAAUAUCAGUUUUAUUGAUUGAAGCGCCCAACUCGGAUCGAUUGCAGGUGUAAACGCAUGGAUAACCAAGACCAAAAAUUAGAGGUGCUUCGCAACUUAAUGCGGCAGCAUUUCACUUUUUCGCCUGGUAGUAGGUCUGCGUCUGGGCAAAGUUAUUAUUCCGCUAGCAAUGAAAACGAAACGACAACACCAGUUGAAGGCAACACGCCUGAUGACAACGAACACGUAAUAUAUACACGUACUUCAGUCACUCCUGCAACAACUUCUGAAUCACAAAACAUACCAGUCAGGCAGCUGUUUGCAAAUACAUCGUACAGCGAGGACGACGGUGAUGAUUCGGGUGAUGGUAAUCCCUAUUUACAACUAAUUCCGCAGUCUCUUCGCAUUGAUCUUCAAACUAAGCCUAAAUCGAGCGAUGCAUCCAAUGUAACUGAUGUAGAAGGAGUUUCGGGUAGGACCCAAGCUACGGAAAUGUGCGUUGGCCAUGCCACGACACCGAAGCAAGGCACUACUGAGCCAGAGUUGGCAGGAACACUUGAAGACAUAGCGGAACUCCUGGAGGAAUAUAGAAAAGGAAAGAAGAGAUCUAAACGGGAUGAAGAAGACGAACAAUUCAUGGAUAGGGUAAAAGAACUGAUGAAUGGUGAAGGAGCAAGAGUACCAGCGGAUGCCCGACCGGAUAGGGAACUUUUGGAAUCAACUAACGAACUGAGAAAAAUGCUAAUGGCUGGGUCUGAUCAUAUUAACGAGCAAGUUCUUGCAGGUGAUCAAGCGAUUCAACUGAUGCAGAUGUUGCAAAUGCUGACAGCUGGGGGUCAGGAGGGAGAACACGAAUUCUCCGAUCGGCUAAGCCAAAUGAUGGGAAGCCCAGACGGUGAUCACGAACAACAGUUUAUACAAAUGAUGUCACGUCUUAAUGGAGUCAACCCCAAUCAGUUAGAACAACUUUUUGAAGGAUUAGGUGCGGACCAGGUUAGCCAGAUGAUGCAACAUAUGCAAGGCGGAGACAACGGUAUGAGCAAAAUGCUCAAUUUAGACGACCAGACGAUCGAUAAAAGAAGACAGGAAAUAAAACAGCAACAAGAAGGCGGAAAUAAAAUUGAGAAACUACCAACGGAAGCGUUAAGACUGGAACAGCUUACUUCAACUUUCGAUGUAAGUUGGCCUUUGCCGCUGAAACCACAAGAAUAAACUCUUUAUUCGAGACAUUAGGUUUUUUUUAAUCCUAUAAUAAGCGAAUGUAUAAUCCAUGUAUAUCAUAUGUAAUUAGAUUCAAAUGAAUCGCCUAAAUGAACGUAUAAAAUACGAUGCAUUACUCAGUGUAGUGGUGUGGUAAUUUGUUGUUCUUCUUUCUCAAUAUUUUUUACAAAGUUUAAGGCACACUUUUAAUAUUUUUUUAAUGUGUGUGUGCGUGCAUGUGAUCAUAUAAAAUUGUAAAUUGGUUGCUUUUGUAUACCUUACUCAUGAAUUAUAGAGUGUGAUUUAUAGUCACAGGAAAACGAUAAACAUACAUACCAACAUAUUCUAUAAAAUUAUGACAAUUGUUUUUGUUUUGUUGCUAGCGCCAUGUGUGAAUACUACUUUCUAAUCUUCCAUUAUGUGUUUAUUUCUUUCUAACCUAAAACAGAAGUGAUUGUUGCCUUCUAGCACUGUUAUAUUUAUAUAAUUAAAACUAUGUAUGUGCAUGUGAAUACAUACAUGUCCAGAAAUUGCCGGUUGAUUGGUUAAUGGCUGUAUUACAAACAUGUCAAUAUGUUUUUCAGUGGGGAGUAUGGUUUCAACUCAUCUUGAUACUUUCAUAUACUGUGUCUACAUCUAGUAAUGUAAACGUUGUUUCUUUAAGGUUUUAUUGGAGAUUUUAUUUAAAAUCUCGGAAAAGUGUUGCUUUAAUUGUUGAGUCCUUCAUGUAGCUUUCAUAAGGAUAAGUUGUUCUAGUUCAGGUUAUUAUAACUAGCAGAGUUGUAUACAUCAAUUGUUUAAUUAAUUAGCUCUUUGGAUAUCUUUCUAACGACAAAUCGAUAAGAUAUAAGGAUUACUGGGUUCAUAAAGGGAAUUGUAGAAAAUACAAAAUAACGUUAUGAUUUCGGACACCUUUCUGAAAAGAAUGAAAUUCCAGGUUUAUUGCGUCUAAUAUAUACUGAAAGUAAAUUUGAUAAGAUAAAAACAAAAAAACAUCAGAAAAACAA